AUACAAGCGGGGAACUUGCUUAAUAUUCAUAUUAAGUCUUCAAACGAGGAGAAGAGUGAACCUUCAAGGAGAUAAUCUUGAGGUUUACUCCGAAACUGCCACCACCCCUCUGAGUAGAAUGCUAGGAAGACGGGAAGAGACAGAACCCAAGUCUGUUGCUCCCGAGGCGCCCAAGGAAAAUACAGUACGACCGAGAAAGAGGAAGGCAGAUGUUGCCAUUUAUCUACAAGAUGUGGAUGAGGAGGUAGCAGAAAUGACGAAGAAGAAGCAGCGUGACUGCGAGCAGGGCUGGAGGCCUGAUGCUGCUUACACCAGUCCACACAGGUGGAUCCCCACACCUGAUCAGGAAGAGGACCAACCAGUUACCCUGAUAAGUGCAGGCUUCCCCCACUACCACUUGAACAACAUAUUUGCAACCCCCGUGCACUGCGCCCCGCUCCCUGCCCUCUGCUGGGCGAGUAAGGACGUGGUAUGGAACAACAUGCUGGAGAAGGAUAAGACUUACACCAGAGAUGUCAACAUGAUGGAGAAACAUCCUCAUCUUCAGCCUAAGAUGAGGGCGAUUCUCCUGGACUGGCUCAUGGAGGUCAGUGAGGUGUACAAACUGCACAGGGAGACGUACCACCUCGCUCAGGACUACUUUGACCGCUUCAUGGGCACGCAAAGAAACGUCUUCAAGUCCACGCUGCAGCUCAUAGGCAUCACAUGUCUCUUCAUCGCUGCCAAAGUCGAGGAAAUGUAUCCUCCCAAGGUCCACCAGUUUGCCUACGUCACAGAUGAAGCCUGCACUGAAGACGAGAUUCUCAGUAUGGAAAUCAUUAUUAUGAAGGAGCUGAAGUGGAGUCUGAGCCCACAGACUCCCAUCUCCUGGCUCAAUGUUUACAUGCAGGUGGCCUACCUGAAAGAGACGGACGAGCUGCUCAUUCCCAGAUAUCCACAAGCUACCUUCACACAGAUCGCAGAGUUGUUGGACCUGUGUAUGCUGGACAUGCAUUGCUUGGAGUUUUCCAACGGCGUCCUCGCUGCUUCAGCCCUGUUUCAUUUCUCCUCUUUGGAAGUGGUGGAGAACGUUUCAGCACUGAAGAGGGUGGAGGUAGAGGAGUGCGUGAGAUGGAUGGUGCCGUUCGCGAUGGCGCUGCGAGAGGUCGGCGGGACGCCCAUGAAAACCUUUUCAGGAAUCUCUGCUGAUGACAUGCACAACAUCCAGACCCACGUCUCCUACCUCACAUGGCUCGAGAAGGCCUACUCUUACCAGGAUGUGGAAGUGCAGCGUCACGGCAACUGUCCUGUCCCUUCAGGCGUCCUGACCCCUCCCCUGAGCAGCGAGAAAACAGAAGAUUUGCCCCGAGCGAACGCCGCAGUGCCGAAAAUCAGGCCGAAAAUGCGCAAUCCAUCCCCACAACGCCACCUUCCCGAAUAACCAGACAAAAAUCUAAACGGCUCUAUACGUUAUAGCUGUAAGAGGAGGAGAGGAUGCUCUAUUCUG